AUGACCUAUGACCUGGUGGAUGUUGAAGGCGCAGGCAGUGUUAAGGAGAAUCUGGCUUCCAACGAGAAGUCCACCGAGAAGACCGUCCAAAAAAUGCAGGAAGCGAGCUUCGAUGGUAGAGUGGUUAGCAGGUCUUUCUUUUGACUCGGGUUCGAUUCCUGUUCCCGUCAAUAACUCGUGAGCUUUUUGCCGUGACCUUUGGUGAGCUACAACUCUGCCCUCAAGGUCCGCAGUCAAUUUUGGCUGUUUAUAAUUCUUCUUACACAGUCUGAGGCCUUCAACAGUCCUCUAACAAUAAGUCACCAGUAUGGACUUUCUUCAGCUUAUCAAUUUUUCACUUGUAAGCGCAAAGUUACAAGGAGCCUGUAAAUGUACCCAUUUUAUAGGGCUUUCGUUGUAAGGAGGUUAAUUUUGCACAUUCUUUCAUCGACAAGAGAUGGUUGAAUAUCUCGGGGAGAAGAACUUUAAGAUUUGCUCAGAACCUACAUAGAAAACUUCCGCAAGAUUUGAGGAAAACUGGAGAGCAUUAGGCACUUUUUGACAAGCCACAGUAAUGGAAUUUUUAAUUUUUUUAGUUUGUAAAAUACGUCAGACACCAUAAGCGCUUUUUAAAUCCACAAAUAACAUUGCCAUAUACGUUUUCAAUAUUAUAUUACUGUACAUCUCUCCUCAAAAAAAGAAUCUCCCCCACAAAGUAAUGCUCGAAUGUCAUCCCGCAAAAGUUAUUAAAACUGGCCCUUCGGUGAUUUACUGGCGGAUGGGGGAUUCGCGGAAUUUAUUAUAAAUGGAGUUAUGGCCCCGCGGGCCGGCGGCAUUUCUCAAAGAGUUAUUGAAAAUUUCAGUCCCAUGCACUGUGCAGUCACACUUUUUUGAUCCACGGGAUAAAAAUUUUUCAUUUUUAUUACUUCGCUCAGGGUCAAAUUUAAAGAUUUUUUUUUAUUAUUUUUUUUGUUUUACAGUAGUGGGGUUUUUUCGCACAGUGCAAAAAAAAAUUUUUGGAUUUUGCACUGUGCAAUCGGGAAAAGUUGUUUUUGCACGGUGCAGAUCGGAAAUAUUAGUUUUUGCACCGUGCAAAUGCAGAAUUUGAGAUUUUUUACCUGAAAAUAUUUUCAACUCGGGUCUGUUGACUAUGCUGACGUCAUUGUUUUUUCACCGGACCGGGAAAUUUCGAGAAAUUUUCGAAAAAUUAUUUUGCACUGUGCAGAUUAAAGAAAUCCGAUUUUUGCAGAGUGCAAGAAAAAAUCGAACAUUUAUCCGACAAUACAAGUUAUUUAUCGCCUAUAUGUUUCCCAGAUUCCUGUCAAUUCUUUUCUCCGCCCAGCCCAAGGGAUUUCCUGUUUAAAAUUUCGUCUGCACAGUGCAGUUUUCAAAACUUUAUUAUUUUCCACCGUGCGGCAAAGAAAUGAAUUUUUCUGCACUGUGCAGAUUAGUUGAAGCCCUAAGGCAACUAAAAAUUUUUCCAAGAUAUUUUUUUACACAGCACGACCACAUUUUUUCUUUAAAAUUUCCUCCGCACAGUGCAGUUUCUCAAAAUGAAUUGUCUUGCACAGUGCAGCAAAAAAAUAGUUUUUACUGCACAGUGCAGAGUCGUUCAAGUCCUAAGGCAACUCGAAAUUUAGCAAACUUCUUUUCUUUACACAAUACGACCACCAUUUCCCUUCAAUUUACCUCUGCACAGUGCAAUCCCAAAAUUCCCCAAAAUCUCAUUCCAUCGUGCAAUCGAUACCAACAAAGUGAAGCCGAUUUCGAACCUAAGCUUCUCAUUAUUCAGCCACCAAAGAAAGAGGGCAUCCUGAAUGGUUGAAGUGUUUCGUAUGUGAGAAACAGAAGGCCAGUCAUCAAUCUUCAGCUCCAUGCGGAUUUUCGUUUCCCCGUCUUGCGCGCAGAUUGGAAACGGUUGGAUGCUUAUGA